AUGGAUCACGCAAAGUUGGCUAAGAUGCAGGCGAGCGUGCGGAUUGAUGAUGAUCCGCUGACAUUCGUUUUCUCUAUAGGAGGAAAGGGUACUCCCCGCCGCAAGGUCAAGAAGGUCCACAAGUCCUCUGGCGCCGACGACAAGAAGCUCCAGGCCACCCUCAAGAAGAUGAACGUCCAGCCCAUCCAGGCCAUCGAGGAAGUCAACAUGUUCAAGGAGGACGGAAACGUCAUCCACUUCGCUGCUCCUAAGGUCCACGCCUCCGUCCCCUCCAACACCUUCGCCCUUUACGGCAACGGCGAGGAGAAGGAACUCACCGAGCUCGUCCCCGGUAUCCUCAACCAGCUUGGCCCCGACUCCCUCGCUUCCCUCCGCAAGCUCGCCGAGAGCUACCAGAACAUGCAGAAGACCCAGGGCGGUGACAAGAAGGACGAGGAUGAGGACGAUAUCCCCGAUCUAGUGGAGGGCGAGAACUUCGAGAACACUGUUGAAUAA